AUGUAUAAAAUCCUGAGACCAUCAGUCUUGCUUCCCCGAGGCCCGGUUAAUUUAUCGGAGCAACUGCUGCCGAUAUCAAUUGUCCGCUCGAUUGCGUCGUCGUCGUCGUCGUCUUCGUCCGUGUCGCCACCGCCUGCUGAGAUAGAGGCAACCUGCCUUUGCUGCGUUGUUAGCGGCGUCAGCGGCGACCUGGCGGAGGAGCUCGGCGAUGUACUGCUGGCGAUGGGCGCCCAGUCCGUCGUCGUGCAGGAGCACCGCCCACCCGGGGCUCCAGAGCAGGAGAUCUACGACGACGGCGCGGGGCACCUGUGGGACCUGUGCGACCUCCUCGCGUACUUUCCCUUGGAGGCUGACGUGGACGGCACGCUGGCUGUUGCGCUGGACUGCCUAGGGCUGGGGACGGGGCCGCUGCCGGAGGAAGCAGGGGUGGUGCAGCAGCAGCACGGUGGUGGUGGUGGUGGUGGUGGCGGUGGUGGUGGUAUCCGGUACCGAGUGGAGGCCGUGGCGAAUGAGGCGUGGGUCGAUCAGAUCAAGGCCAGCUACGUCCCGCAGCGGAUAUGCGAGGACCUCUGGGUGGUCCCCGAGUGGUCCGAGCCGGCGGACCCCGCAGCAACCAACAUCAUCCUGCAGCCAGGAGUGGCUUUCGGCACCGGUGAGCACCCCACCACCCGGCUGUGCCUGGGUGAGCUCAGGCGCCUGGGGGUGGCGGGCCGGCUGCGGGGCGCGGAGGUGUGCGACUACGGCUGCGGCUCGGGGGUGCUGGCGCUGGCGGCGCUCAAGUACGGAGCCAGAAUGGCGGUGGGUACCGACAUCGACUCACUGGCUGUCAAGGCGGCUCAACGGAACGCCGCCCUCAACGGUUUCCAACCACCAGUGUUCAUAGCGGUGCAGGUCCCGGAGAUCCAGGAGGCCUUCCGGGGGCAGUUCGGGGAUUUCUUCGUCGCCACGGACCAGCAGUGGGCCAUGAUCGGGGCCACCAAGAAGGGGGACUAG